AUGAUUUUGAAUAAAUCUUCUAAUGAUACAAGUAAUUCGAACGGAGAUCAAAAUGUAAAACUCAAGCUAGUCAAUGAUAAAAAUGAAUCUGAAAUUCAUGCGAGUUAAAUUCAGUGCGAUGCUUCUAAUUAUAUUUAAAAUGGUACUGAAUUAUAAAUUUUAGACAAUUGUGCUUAAGCUAAUUACAACAACAGCUAAAGACAUAUUCCAUUGACUAGUAAAGUGAGAAUCAUAUCUCAAAAUUCUAUCUAUAUCUAAAAUGCUAAUGAAAACUUCAAUGAACUAAAAAUAAAAUAGUAGGAUAAUAGCUCUUCAUUCAAAAAAAGAAGUGAUCAAAUGGUUUCAUUGCAAACACUAAAUGUAUGCAAUAGGGUUUAAUAGGAAGGUAAUAAAAACUCCAUUUUUUUGUAGAGCAAGCAUUAGAUUAAUAACGGAUCAUAUCGCGUUAAUUAGUCAUAAAUUUCAUUUUAAAUAAAUCUGAAGCUUUUGCAAAAGAUAAAAAAGCAGAUCCUGUAUUUCAAUUAACUGUUUACUGAUAAUGGCAGAAAAUUCUACUUUGAGAAGAAAAGCAUUAGAAAGCACAUAAAAGAUAAAAGUGAUAUUUACGAAGACAAAAGCAAUAAGUUUGUUUAUUUGCUAUACAAAAUAAACGAGUAUCUGUAAGUAAUAUAAUCUUUAAUGAAGAUAUUUUCAUAUGUGCCUCUAAUUAAUCCAGACGGAAUUAUUCAUUUCUUUAUCUCUUUUUUCUUCUGCUUUUACAAUACAAUGUUUUUUAUUCUUUACACUCUGUUUGGAAUUUUCAAAGUUCCUCAAGACAUAUGCUCUUUUUAUAAUCAUAUUACUGCUUUUGUUUGGUUUCUAGAAAUUCUAAUAAAGCUCAACACAAGCAUUUACAUAAACAAAUUAAGUGUUACAAAUAAUAGAAAAUUGAUUUUUACUAGAUACAUAAAAAAGAGGUUUCUGUUUGAUGCUGUCCCUCUUUUUUUAAUUACUGCAAUAAUUCCAAUCAGAUAGGAAGAAAGCUAAGUUUUUUUAAAGCUGCUCGUCUUAAUCAAAUUUAAAAACAUUUUUGAAGACAUUGAUUAUAUAUAAAAGUACUUUGUCAUGACUUUCUAAAAUUAUUACAUAAUCCAGCUAGCAAAUCUUAUUGUGAAGCUCUUUCUUAUCGGACAUAUAAUAGCUUGCUUCUAUUACAUAAUUGGGACAAUAGAGCUAGAAUAUUUAGGAGAGCCAUCAACAUGGUAUGGAGAAUCCAGUGAUGAUUAGGCUUGGUGGAAGCUUUAUUAAAAGGCAAUAUUUUGGGCAUUAACUUUGAUGACAACAGGUUCAAAUGAAGCAGAAACAGCAUUAUAAUAAUUUUAUGUUUCGUUUAUAAUGAUGUUAAUUUAUAUCAUUUUCGCAUAUAUAUUGAAUGUCAUCGGAAUUAUUUUAGAAGAAUUGGAUACAAAAGAUUUGAACAAAAGGAAAGAUCUAAAUAUAAUAAAUGAAUACAUGAGACAAAAAAAGAUAUCAAAUAAUCUGCAAAAAAAAGUGAAUAACGAUAUUGAAUACUAUUAUGAAAAUAAUUUAAAAAAAUUUGAAGAAGAUACUGAAUAGGUUUUGACCAAAAUAUCCAAAGAAUUGAAUGAAUAGCUCCAAGAAGAAUAUAAUCAAUAAAUAUUAUCUCAUAUUCCGAUAAUAAAGAAUAAUUUCUCAUAAGAAGCACUUGCUGAGCUCCAUCUCUCUUUCGAAGAAGCUUUUUACUUUCCCAACUAGAUGGUUCACCUUCAGUACAACGAUAUUUCUUAAGAUAACUCACUAAUUUUUAUAGUUUAAGGAAAAUUGGAGAUUACAAAGUCAAGAGACUAGUUUUAAGAAGAAAAGUAGACUAAACUAUUUAGUGUGAAGAAAAAUGGUAUAGUUGGUGCUUAUCACUUUUUUACAGGUUUAAAUAGGGAUUACAAUAUUAAAUCUUUGGAUUUUACAAAAAUCAUCAAAAUAAAAAGGGAAAGUUUCAUUAACUCUCUUUCAAAGUUUGAUAAAGACUUUUAAAUAUUCUGUCAAAUUAAAGAUCGAUUGAUCAAUGAUGCAAAUUUUUAGGAUAUAAACUAUUCUUGUCUGUACUGCAAUUAGAAGACUCACUAGGAAACUUAAUGUCCCUUUGUUUUCUUUAAUAAAUAGCACUGCUCUUUAAAGUAAAUUUUUACUAAGAGCAAAGAUUAAGACAGAAAGAAAGUUAACAGAAGAUUUUUAACUAUUAAUUCAAAAUCUAACAACAUUAAUAUACGUGAUUCUCUUAGGGCUUUCAUACAAGAAAACUAGUUUGAGAAAGAGUAAGAUUAUCAUCAAGAAAUUGAAAAUGAAUGUUCAUACAAUUUUUCCUAAGAAUCUUCUUUGAAUAUAAUCUAAAAUGAGCACAACUAAGUCUCCCUCAAAGAAGCCUAAGAAGAAGAAGAUUAAAAUAUGAUUAAAAGCAUAAUUUCUGACUAAAAUUGUGAUGAAGAACAAAAAAACAAAAGGGAUUAAAAAGAUGCUAAUAAGAAAAGACUAAAGAGCAGUAAAUUUUCUAAGAGAGAAACAACAAAAAUGGAUGAAUUGAAUAGCUCACCUUAAAUUAUGCAUAUGAAUGGACGAUAAAAAUACUUUGCAGACACAUUAAAACAAAAUUAGAGCCCAUUAAAUUGCUCUUUUAGUAGUGAUAAAGCUAUUGGAGAAUGUCAACGAAUUCCUAAUAUCUAAUUUUAAUUAACACCUAAGAAUGUGGUUAUUUCAAAUUCUUAACUAAUUUAUGGUGAGGAAGAUAAUUGUUCCUUAUUUUUAUCAGAAAAAAAAAAUGAAAUAAGGAAAAUUAAAAAAGUUGAAACAUAAAUUAAAAAUGAAAAUGUACAGCAGCAUGACUUCAAAGUUUCAUUAACAGGCAAAAUAAUAAAUUUUAAAUAAAACAAAAUUCUAGAACCUGCUGAAGAAAACUUUUAAUGGUAUUUGGAUAAAUAAUAAGAUUAUAAAUACUACUACCCAAACGGAAAUUUAAAAUCCGCUUUGAAUAGACACUUUAAAUAUGUUAGACAAAAACUAAAAAAUCUUAAAAAAUCCAAAAAAAAAUAAAAUUGUUGA